AUGUCUCGAAGCAAUGCCAGUGUACUUUGGGACUUUUUUACAAAAGAUACUACAACCAUGAAGGCCAAGUGUACACUGUGCGGUGACUUUUAUAGUUAUAAGACUACUACGGGAAAUCUGAAGAGCCAUUUACGUAAGAGACAUUUAGACGCAUAUGAAAGAGUCGCUUCGCAUCAAGGUGUAAUUUUACGGGAGAUGCGUUCUACACCAACGGCUGAGUCAGCGUCGCAACCACCGACGACAGCAGGGGCAAGUAGUAUCACACCACCUGCUGACGUCACCGGGUCAAUUCAUCAAUUUAGUCAGACUACUGCUGCACCUCGAGCUGCACCAUAUCCACAACAACAACGAAUGGACAGGUACGGUACAGCAAGAAAAAUAUCAGCUGAUCAAAAAAAAAAGAUUGAUAGAGAUCUACUGGACUUAUUCAUAGAAGGAUAUCAACCAUUUUCAAUAGUGGAAGAGAGAGCGUUCAAAAAGUUCGCAAGUUGGAUACCGGGAUACGUAUUGCCAAGCCGUCAAACUAUAUCUAACAUUAUGAUUCCCGCUCUUUACGAGCAAACUAAGGAAAAAAUAAAGGUAGAACUAAACUUGAUAAGAUCAAAUGAUCAUAUCAAGUUAUGCAUUACAACCGAUUUAUGGACAUCACGUGCAAACGAAAGUUAUAUUGCCGUGACAGGGCAUUUCAUAACAGAGCAAUAUGAAUUAAAAUCCAUUCUUAUGCAAUGCUCAAUUUUCGAUGAGGCUCACACCAGCGCGAACAUCCAAGAAAAAUUAUUAUCUAUAACUAACGAAUGGGGCCUGCGCUACAAAAUAAACUUUGUGAUAUCUGAUAAUGCCGCCAAUAUACAAAAGGCGAUUUCGGAAAUCGGGUGGAAACACUAUGGUUGCUAUGGGCAUUCGUUAAACCUUGUAGUACAAGACGCAAUUAAAAUGAUCGCCAUUAAUUUAGAAAAAAUAAAAAAAAUUGUGCGACAUUUCAAAACAAGCAGUAGUGCUCUUGAAAAGUUAUUAAAGGCCCAAACUAUAGAAAAUCCUAAUAAUAUUCCAAAAAGACUUAUACAAGAAGUACCUACGCGGUGGAAUUCCACAUAUUACAUGAUAAAUCGAUUUGUAGAACUCAAGGAUUUUAUCAGAGCCACAGUAGCAGUCAUUGAUAAAAAUCUGCCGAUUAUCACGAACGAAGAAUGGCAGCUGUUCGAAGAACUUAAAAAAAUCUUAAAGCCAUUCGAUGACGCUACACGUUCUUUGAGUGGUGAGAAAUAUAUGACUGGAAGCGCAGUAAUAGUCAUGACGAGAUGCCUCUUAACAGCCUGUGAGAAACUACUGCUAGAAAACUUUUCCCCAGUUGCAAUCACUGUUGUAAGAGACUUAAAGGAAGGAUUGAAGACUCGUUUCGCUGGAGUCGAGAAAAGCCGCACAUUUGCAAUUUGCACAUUUCUAGAUCCGCGUUAUAAAAUGACUGUAUUCAGUGACCAAAACGAAGCGCAAAAUACAAAAAAGAGAGUGCAAGAAAUGGUUAUGGAUAUUAUUUGCAGUGAAAGUUCACAUCAAGAACCAGUGGCAUCCUCAUCAAACCAGCAACCUUACGACCCUUUCUCACCAUGGUCAAUUUUAUGUGAUAUUGUAGGCACGCAACACACGGUCGGGACUCCAUUGUCAAGAUCUAUAAAAGAAGUCGAUACUUAUUUAAGUGAUGAAAUGUUGCAGCUGUUUGACGAGCAAAGAAAAUGGAAUUGCCCCCUGAAAUGGUGGAAAAAUCAUAGAUUUACGUACCCUCACCUAGCUAAACUGUACAUGAGCUAUGGUAACAUUUUAGCGACAUCAGUUCCUUGUGAACGUAUUUUCAGUAAAACCGGCCUUACCAUUAACGAACGUCGAACGAGAUUAACGUCAAAAAAAGUGGCACAAUUAAUGUUUUUGAACGUUAACUUACAAGACAAUUAA